GGGAAUUUGAAGUUGCAGAUGGGGAAGAAAGAGCGGCAGCUUGCGAUCGGUCGCACGAAGAAAGUGGCGGGCAAGGGCGUGAAAGCGUCGUUCGGAAAGGGCAAAGGAGGCAAUGCGUUCGAUGUGCAGAAGAACUCCAAGUCCAAGUACGAAGUGCUGGGUAAACGCGUGAAAGGGCAAGGACGAAACGUGGCGGCGGCGCGCGCGGACGCGGAAGAGCGCCGCCGCAAGACGUUGCUCAAGCAAUUCCAGGGUCGAAAGAAGAACAACGAGUACAAAGAUCGUCGCUUGGGCGAACAGAACGAAGACAUGUCGUUGGAGGACAAGAUGAUUGCGCGAUUCCAAACUGAACGCAAACGGCAAUACCAGCAACGCAAUGCCGCCAAGUUUAACCUGAACGACGACGGCGAGUCGGAUCGCGAGGAGGAGCUCUUGACACAUCGCGGGGCGAAAAUCGACGACUUUGACAACAUCGACAUUGCGGGCGAAGCCAGCGACGACGAGGAAGAUCGUGCGUUCGACCACAAACUCGGCCGUGACAUUGUGAACCAACUGCAUUUCGGUGGCGGCGACAGCAAAGCAGUCAAGGACAGCGCCACGGCGGCAGAGGGUCCUGAGCGCAAGAAAACGCACGAGGAAAUCAUGCAAGAAGUCAUGAUGAAGUCGAAGAUGUACAAGGCAGAAAAGCAAAAGAACAAAGCAACGCAGGACGAAACUACCGAGCAGUUGGACGCUGAAUUUGCCGACUUUCAAUCGCUGCUGCAGUUCCGACCAAAGAAGGAGGACCGACCCCGGGAAAUGCUGGACGACUUCGAUAAGAUGACGCGGGAGCUGGCGAUGGAAGCAAAGGCCAAGGCGACCGAGCGCAAGUUGUCACCCGAGGAACUGGCCAAGAAGGAGCAUGACAAGCUUGCCGAGCUCGAACGAAAGCGUGUAGCGCGCAUGAACGGGGAAGACGAAGAUGCCGUCGACGACGACAAGGUCAGCAAGCGCAAGGGCCGCAAGGACAAGAAGGGCGGCAAGAGGGACGAACCAGAACUCGUGUUGUUGCCACCGAAACACUUGCGCGCUUCGGACGAUGCACUCGUUGAUGACUUUCAAAUCCAGGACGAGUACCGCCAACGCGUUGAAGGGGAGAACGAUGAAGACGAGGACGGCGACGACGAUUGUGAAAGUGGUGAAGAUGACGACGAAGUUGACGACGAGGAAGACGAUGACGAUGACGAGGAAGACGAUGACGAGGAAGACGAUGACAAUGACGAUUUGAAAGACGACGAGGAGCACAACGAUGACGAGGUAGAUGACGAAGAAGACGAAGAAAACGAAGAAGACGACGACGAGCAAGCCCGCGCGGCCGCUCUCCUGAAGCGACAGGAAGCGCAAAAGGAAAUGCCCUUCGUGUUCCCGUGCCCGGAGUCCCCGGCCGAGUUGACCGCCCUCUUUGCGCAGCAUGGCCCAACGCCGGCCGACCGCAACACGAUCGUGACGCGGAUUCGCACGUUUUACUCGCCCAGAGUCAGUGCCGAGAACCAAGCCAAAAUGAAGAAAUUCCUUGCGGUGCUCGUACGGCACUUUUUGAAGCUUGCCGCCCACUUCAAGCGGAACCAACAGGACGCGGACGCAAUCGCGGCGCACAUUUUCACCAUCGCGCAGGACCAGCCGAAUGUGGCGGGUACCGUGUUUCGGGAAUUCGUUGCUGCACUGGCCAAGAAAUUGGACAAAAAUUGCUGGCCCGAGAUGCGCGAUCUCCUGCUCUUGCGCGUCGCGCUGAGUGUGUUUCCAAUUACGGAUCUUCGGCAUAAUGUCGUGUCGCCGAUCGAACUCGUCCUUGGCCAGUGCUUGUCGAGGGCGACAUUGGAAAGCCCAGAUCACGUCCGUCGGGCGUUGUUUUGCGUGGGGCUGUCCCUGCAUAUCACGGAAAAGAAGAGCAAGUUCAUGCCAGAGCUCGUGCAUUGCCUCCACGAGAUCUUGGCGCUCGUGCACUCGCACGACGACGACUGGUUUGUUGCCCCGCUCAAGGCGUUUGUGAAGUCGAAGUCGACCGACUUUCCGUCGUUGGCACUCCAUGCUGGCGACCAAACCGACCCUGCUCAAGUGUCUGCUGCGAUCUUUCACUCAACGUUAACGUCGAUUCGUCUGGCGGCGACGCAAUACGCGUCGUUGGCGUCGUUUGUGGAGCUCUUUGCGUCGAUUCAUACGCUUCUGUCGCAACUCAAGGCCAAGAUGCUCAAGGCUCACGCAGAGUCGACUGUCGCCCUGUUAAUGGAGAAGAUGGAGGCAUCGUUGAAACAGCGUCGGCCUCUGCGGCUCCAAGCACAUGCCCCGACCGUCCUCCCAACCUUUGUGCCUCGCUUUGAUGAAAACUACGCGAUGCGCAAGGACAAAACGAUGGAGCGCGACAGGGCACAGCUCAAGCAGCUCCAGCGACAAGUCAAGCGCGAACGCAAGGGGGCGAGCCGCGAGCUCAAACGCGACGCAGCGUUCCUCAGUCGCCAACGCGCGGAAGAGCAAAAGACGUGGCGAGCCGAGAAAGACGCCAAGCAAAAGGAAAUCCGGUCGUGGAUGGAGCAGCAAAACGCCACGUUCAACCAACAAGUGCGCAAGGGCGGCGAACUCAUCAAGGGCGGCGGGUCCGGCCCGGCCAAGAAGCGCCGCAUCAGCAAGAAGUAGACCAGUCUGUAAUACACACACUAUCUAUUGCCGCCAA